UCUUUCGCUCGUCUUUGUUGCUUAUCUUCUCUGAAAGCCACCAUGUCUGGACGCGGCAAGCAAGGCGGCAAAGCGAGGGCGAAGGCCAAGACCCGAUCUUCCAGAGCCGGGCUGCAGUUCCCCGUGGGCCGCGUCCACCGUCUCCUCCGGAAGGGCAACUACGCCGAGCGGGUCGGAGCCGGGGCGCCGGUGUACAUGGCGGCGGUGCUGGAGUACCUGACGGCUGAGAUCCUGGAGUUGGCGGGAAACGCAGCCCGGGACAACAAGAAGACCCGCAUCAUCCCGCGCCACUUGCAGCUGGCCAUCCGCAACGACGAGGAGCUAAACAAACUGCUGGGCAGAGUCACCAUCGCCCAGGGAGGCGUCCUGCCCAACAUCCAGGCCGUGCUCCUCCCCAAGAAGACCGAGAGCCACAAGGCCAAGGCCAAGUAAACACGCCAGUUCCCUUCGGAUUCAGCAAAGCCCCAAAGGCUCUUUUCAGAGCCACCCACUCUGUCACAAAAGUGCUGAUUUCCUUAAUGGCCGUUUCAAACAUCACCCUCUGAAAUUACUGGAUGGACAGAACAUCCCAAUGUUAUGUUUAUUAUAUAGUAGAGUCACUUAUCCAACGUAAGCAGGCCAGCAGAACCUUGGAUAAGUGAAUAUCUUGGAUGAUAAGGAGAGAUUGAGGAAAAGCCUAUUAAACAUCAAAUUGUUAUGAUUUUACAAAUUAGUGUUAUACAACAAAUUUGACAGAAAAAGUGCAUUACACAUUAAUGCUAUGUAGUAAUUACUGUAUUUACAAAUUUAGCACCAAAAUAUCACAAAACAUUGACUACAAAAAUGCCUUGGAUAAUCCAGAACCUUGGAUAAGUGAGACUACUGUAUUUAUUUAUACCCUGUUUUAUCUCCCAAAGGAGACUCAAUGCGUUGUUGACCCUUCCCUAUGCUAUCCAAAGCUCAAUACAGUAGUACUGUUUCCCUGUAAAUUGUGUAACAAAAUAUAUCAAAUAGAUCAUCAGUAUAAGGGCCAGGUACAGGCAGGCCCCAAGUUACCCCCCCCCCCCCCCCAAAAAAAAAAGGUUCCAUAGGUUUGUUAAGCUAAAUUUGUGAGUCUGAGCAGGGAUAUUUUCUAAGUAUAAACUGGGUUGCUAUUCUCUCGACGUUUCACCUACAUCUAUGGCAGGCAUUCUCAGGUUGUGAAGUCUGUUGGAAACUAGGCAAAGGGGUUUAUAUAUCUGGACUGAUAUGCAGGGUGGGAGAAAGCACUUUGAGGCAAGUGUGAAUGUUGCAAUUGAUCACCCUGAUUCACAUUGAAUGGCCUUGCAGCUUGAAAGCCUGGCUGCGUCCUGCCUGGGGGAAUCCUUUGUUGGGAGGUGUUGGCUGGCCCUGAUUGUUUCCUGUCAGGAAUUCCUUUCUUUUCUGGAUGCUGUUCUUUAUUUACUGUCCUAAUUUUAGAGUUUUUUAAAUGCUGGGAGCCAGACUGUUCAUUUUAAUUGUUUCCUCAGUUCUGUUGAAAUUAUCCACAUGCAUUUAUAUAAAUAUACAUACACACAUUGGAUU